AAACACCGCCUAAGCAACACGAAAUUACUGACACAGAAGCCGAAGUUCGUAAAUCCGUAAUCGAGGGGAGGAAUUCUCCUCAACAGCGAGAGAUCAGAAUUCUCCGGUGGAUCUCGAUUUCUGGGUUGUCCGAGUUUCGGAAGCAAGGGUCGCGAGAGGUUGAUUUCGGUCAGAAUGGCAAUGUAUAUCAGAGUAAAGAGAGUAAAGACCACUUACUUUCUUCACUGUGAUCCAACUGAGACAAUCCUUGACAUUAAGCGCAAAUUACAUACCCUGAUUGAUCAACCUGUUAAUGAUCAGCGUUUAAUCUUGGCGGAAACUGGGGAAGUAUUAGAGGAUUCAAAAACAUUGGCAGAUCAGAAGGUUGAAAAUGAUGCUGUGGUGGCGCUGACUUUGAGAAAAGAGGAUAACGAUUUCGAGGAAGUCAACAUUGAAAGACCAAAAGAUUUCUAUCAAUCACGCGAGGCGGAUGGUGGCAAUUAUUGAAGCACAGACAUGUAAAAUGUAGGUCUAAGCUGUCUUCAGUCUGUAUGGAGCCUUAUUCAUACCAUGACGAUUGCCUUUGGAAUCUGUAGUUUGAUAAAUGGAGUUUCUUGGGCAUGGCCUUGGAAGUUUCUUUCUUGUGCAUUGCAGGCUAGCUGCUCUCAUACACUUCUGGAAUUCUUUGAUAAACCUGUUACUUCAGAAGCUAUUGUUUUAGAUAUUGCAGAGAGGCAUGGCCUUUUUCUAGGAUUUGUAUGAAACUUGAUAGCCUUUUAAACCAGUUUUCUCUAUGGUUUUC